AACAUACAACCAGCCCCAGUCCAGAAAUAGGUAGCUCAGUUUUCUCACAUCUCUUGUUCAAAAAUGGAGGAAUUAAUCCAAUCCAAUCCCAUGCUACUCACAGCUCUUCUCUCCCUCAUCUUGUUAUGGUCUAUUAACCGAAUCUUUCCCAAAUCUUCGAGCAAAAGAAAAGUGCCACCUUCGCCAUCAAAGCUUCCCAUAAUCGGAAAUCUACAUCAACUGGGCCCACUGCUUCACCGUGAUCUUCACUCCUUAGCCCAAAAGCACGGCCCGCUGAUGCUUCUUCACUUGGGCAGCGUCCCUGUUCUGAUCGUCUCCUCCGCCGAUCUUGCCCGCGAAAUCUUUAGAACUCACGAUCUCAUCUUCGCGGACAGGGCCACCUUCAAGGCCACGAAGAAGCUUCUCUACGGCUGCAAAGACGUAGGAAGCGCCCCUUACGGCGAAUACUGGAGGCAGAUGAGGAGCAUCUUUGUUCUGCAGAUGCUCAGCAACAAAAGGGUUCAGUCUUUCCGUUCCAUUCGGGAAGAAGAGACGGCCCUCUUCGUCAACAAGAUUCGAGAAUCUUCUGGGCCCCUUGAUUUGAGCGCAAUGCUUGCUGAUGUUACUAAUGAUGGGAUUGCUAGAGCAGCUUUUAGCAGCAAGUACAGUGAGUCCGCAAAUGGAAAGAAAUUCCUACGUGCCAUGUCGGAUCUCACGGAGCUUUUAGGGGCUAUUCAUAUUGGUGACUUUAUUCCGUGGCUUGCUUGGAUCAGUCGUGUUAAUGGUUUUGAUAAGAGAAUUGAUCAGACUGCGAAAGAGAUGGAUCAAGUUUUGGAGAGUUUGAUUCAAGAACGUGAGCAGACUCAAAAGGAGCGGAAUGUCAACCACAAAUAUGGACAAGAUUUUGUGGAUAUUGUGCUCCAAAUCCAUAAUGAUCAAAGUGUUGAUGCCUCUAUUGAUCGAGAUAGCAUCAAAUCAUUAUUGUUGGAUAUAUUUACUGGUGGAACUGAUACAAUAUCUACGGCUCUGGAAUGGGCAAUGUCAGAAAUAUUACGACAUCCGACGGUGAUGGAGAAGUUGCAACGCGAGGUAAGAGGAAUCGUGAAGCAGAAACAAGAAAUAACAGAUGAUGAUGUACAAGAAAUGCAUUAUUUGAAGGCCGUGAUCAAGGAAGCAAUGCGUUGUCACCCGCCAGUCCCGUUACUUGCACCUAAAAUAGCAAGAAAGGAUGUGCAGAUCAAAGGCUACGACAUUGCAGUAGGAACAAUAGUGAUGGUGAACGCGUGGGCUAUAGGGAGGGACCCCAUCUCAUGGGACGAACCAGAAAAGUUUAUGCCGGAGAGAUUCUUGAAUUCUUCCAUAGACUUCAAAGGCCAAGAUUUCGAGCUCAUCCCUUUUGGGUCUGGACGAAGGGGAUGCCCCGGGAUCACAUUUGCUACAGUCACAAUGGAGUUUGUGUUAGCGAAUCUUAUGCAGAAAUUCGACUGGAAGUUGCCUGAUGGUAUUCAGCCAAAAGAUUUGGACAUGAGUGAGAGCGCUGGACUUUCGGUGCAUAGAGCUCUUCCUCUUCUUGUACUUGCCACUCGUCACACUAAUUAAAUAAUUUGGAACACAUAUGAAGAUUUUCAAUAGUUUCAAAUAAUUCUGCAUAAUUAUUUACAGUUAAUGUUUGGAAAUGUCACGUAAAUGUGUUAUGUUUCGAUCUUCAUGAAUGUAUGCUUGCCCAAGGAUUCCCCUAUUGUAUUAUAUUUAUAUAUAUGUAUCUGAUUUGCAAAGAAUUCAGACUGGAAGCAGUAGUGAUCAUAGAUAAUUAAGGUAAAUGUUUUUUU